AUAGCAUUUUAACUUUUGUUUUCAGAAAUCAUAUUAUAUUCAGACCACCAACUGUGUUUACACAUAUUUCCUUUUUCCAGUAGCUAUAUAUAAUUAGUAGCCUUGGCGAACAAGUCAAAACAGGGAAAUGCAUAGAAGAUUCGAAGCAGGUUCAAGUCGCUCGCUAAGCGAGGAUAUAACGCGAAGGUUUGAGGCAAUACAGGAAGAAAAGAAAGAAAACGAUGGAUUGAAGAAGGCCUGGGUUGAUGAACUACAAUCUAUCGCACGUCAGAAGUAUCCAAACGCUGAACUUGUCCUUACGGGCUCCUCAGGAAAUAUGUUUGGAUUUAAGACCAGCGAUUGCGAUUUAACGCUUAUCUCUGCGGACCGGUUCGGCUGCUCUGCUCUAGACAACAUUGAUAAGUUGUUACCAAGGUCAAGAUAUAAUACCCAGCUUGUGCGUGGGGCAAAGGUUCCAGUGUUGAAGAUUAAAGACAGGAGGAGUUUGUUCGAAGCCGAUAUUAACAAUGAACGUGUGCCAAAUAUUCGCCACACGUAUCUCUUUCGCUGCUAUGCACUCCUCGACCCACGAGUCCUGCCUCUUGGUCUCGUGAUUAAACUGUGGGCAAAGAACGCUGGAAUCAUCAACCAAAGGGACCACAAACUUUCAGGAUUCACUCUGCUGGUUUUGUAUAUCAACUACCUUCAAAAGGGUUGCAGUCCACCAGUUGUUCCAUCGUUGCAAACCGACUACCCAUCUCUAUUCAGUGCAACUCUCCAACCAUCCGUUAUCAUUGAUUGUCUGAAGACUAAAGAACUUCCAGAAGAGCUCAAGCAUUUCAAAUCCUUUAAUAAGCAAAGCCUUGGUGAAUUAUUCGUCGGGUUCUUCCGUUUUUAUGCGAGUUUUAACUGGAGCUCCAGAGUAGUUUCAAUCAGCCGAAGUGAUGGGUAUGUCACGAAUAAUCGCCCUCGCAUGAAGAUUGAAGACCCUUACGAGCCGGGUGCUAAUUCGGCAAGGGGUAUCUACGAGUCGUAUGCCUUCAGCCAGAUUACAAAUGCUUUUUCAAAUGCCUUGAGAAAGCUGGACGGUGGUAUGGGACUUGAGAGUGUCUUGUGAGGUGCAGUAUAGAGAUGCAUUAACUUUCAUUGACGUUUAAGUGGGUCCCUAUUGAAAUUUAUGAAACU